AUGGCCGGAGAGCCGCCGGGGAGUGCCCCUGCUGUGCUCACCAAGCCGGUGUCGGACGAGCCCCGGGUCCCGGGUGCCGGAGACCUGGCAAGGAUGGCGCUGGCAGCUUCGGACAAAGAUGCAGAAUCCCCGCGCGGUCGCGGGCGUUCGCCCCAGCGCCAGGAGGCUGCGCGCCCGGUAGCGCUGGGCUCCGCCGUGGCCGAAGUGUGGCGCGGCCUGCGGGCUCUUCAAGCUCAGCAGCUGGAGCAGGUGGCCUUCUUCGAGCGCCUGCAGGUCGAGGUCGAGGGGCGCUUUGAGCAAGUCUGCACGAGCAUCGGGGAGCUCGAGACCAGGCUACGCUCAGAGCUGGUGGCCGUGCAGGGAGAGCUCAGCGAGCGGCUCGAAGGCGAGCUAGCUGCUCUGCGCCCACAGCUGGCAGCGCUGGCGGAGCGCUCCGUGGGCGAGGCCAUGGUGGGGAAAGUCGAGGACUUGGCUGCCUCACUGGAAAACGUGCGGCAGCAGUGUGACCUCCUCGUGGCGCAGCGAAUCUUGUCGCUGUCGCCGAAGGCGCCGGCAUCGCCGACAGCAGAGGCAUUCGCAGCUGAGGAUUCACCCACGCACUCCUUGGCAAAGAUCCAGGAGUUCAACAACAGGCUCGAGCAGCUCGAGGGGACCUGCCGCGGGCAGCAAGAGGAGCUCCAGCGGCUCUUGCGGCAGCAGCUGCGCUGCGAGGCGACGACCGGGUCGCUGGAGGUGAAAAUGUCGGCCGCAGAUGACAUUCUUCGGACGCUUCGCAGGCCCGACAGCGGAAAUCAGCUGCGCACCGAAAUGGAGGCGCUGCGGCGUGGUUUCGUACAGGAGGGCCAGGAGAGAGACGAUCAGAUUGCCGCGAUGCGGGCGGACUUCUUUGAGCACCGUCGGGUGGUGUCUGAGCGCAUGGCUUCCGCGGAGCGUGAACUGCGACGCCUCGGCGAGGCCGUGGAGCGGCGCCCAGCGCCGCCGCCCCCGACCAGCGCCGCGCCCACAGCGCAGCUGCAGGCGCUGUGGGACGAGAUCUCACGGCUGACGGGCCGAGCAGAACGUCUCGAGGCAGAUGCCAAGAUGCAUCUCGACUCGACGUCCUCCGGCCAGGCGUCAUGUUCGGGCCGUUAG